ACGCGUCGCACAUCAGCUCCUCCCAUACGCGGCGUGGGUGGGGCAUCUCCAUUGCUACAAGAGGUUAGCUCAGCUCUAGUGAGCCGGAUGUGCGCUUCUCCGCUCCUCCCCAAUUCCAACCAAAAAGGGAACGGAAAACCCCAAAACAAACGCGGCGAGUUGGUCGAGGCAAAUCGCCGGCGAUGAAGCGUCGGAACCCUACGUCCGGCGCCGGAUUCCCCCGAGGAGAGGGCCCGGGGUGGGAGGCAAAGAGGGAGCGGCCUAAUGGGGGUUGGAGAGGGAGACUGACGGCGCCCGUGGUGAAGUGGUCGCACGCCGAGGCCAUGAAGAAGAAGCCCAAAGUUGGUGGCGGAGCAGCCUUGGUCGCAGAUGGCGGAGGGUGGCGGAUGGAGACUGAGGCGGAAAUGGCCGGGCUUGAUGGACGAAGCUGCGGCAGGGGAGGGUUUCUUGGAACGAGCUGGUCGGAGGCGGCGGAGAACAGCGCGGAUGCGGCCACCGGCGGAGGAGAGAACGAGUGGUGUUUGCCCCAGACGGAAAAGGCGACUCCUUGCGAGGCCGUGGAAGGGGGCGGUGGAGGAGACGUGAGGGGCGACGAGGUCAAGGAGGAACUGUACGAUUGGAGGUGGACGGAGGCCGCGAGCCCGGAGAUAAUGGCGCUGAUACUGCGGGGCAGGUUCGCCGCCGACGAGAUUGCGCGCGGGCCCGCGGCGGUGUGCAGGGCGUGGAGGGAGGCCGCUGCGUCGCCGGACAUGUGGGGGGACGUGGACAUCGAGGCCUGGUGCCGCCGCGUCAAAUGCCGUGUCAAGGCCGACGCAGCUGUGCGCCGCCUUGUCGCCCGCUCCCAGGGCACGAUCCGUCGGCUCUCCGCCUACCGCGUCGGCGACGCCGCGCUUGCCUACGUCGCCGCCUCUGGGAAGUUGCUUAAUGUCCUCCAGAUCCCGAUGAGCGAGAUAUCUGACCAAGCCGUGGAGAAGUACGUGAAAUGCUUUCCUGCCCUAAGAGUGUUGGACAUCAGUUACUGCGAGAAAGUCACAUCGAGAGGCAUGGAAGCAAUAGGCCGACAAUGCAAGUCGCUUGCUCAGCUGAAGAGGAACAUGCCUCCCGAAGACAACAAUGCAGCACCUAAAGUGGUUGAAGACGAGGCCCUGGCGGUUGCGAAUACCAUGCCAAUGCUCAAGCAACUUGAGCUUGCAUAUGGUCUGUUCAGUGAUGUUGGCCUUGAUGCCAUCCUGACCAAAUGCCCUCUGCUGCGUACACUGGACAUACUUGGCAGCUUGAAUGUCAGGCUUGACGGGGACAUCGAGGAGAGAUGCUGCGCUCUCGAGUCGUUCCGGGAGCCAUGGGAGCCUGAUUACCACGAGAACUCCUGCAGCGGUGGCGAUUACGACUACGAUGACACCGAAAGCGAUGAUUGACUCUAUGUGGUGCAAAAUCCAGGGGGCUAAACGGCUGGUUUUUCGGGAUAUAUCAGAAACUGCAGGCUUCCUUUUGGUUAAAUGAAACAUCAGUUUGAAAUGCUUACUGUUGUCUGAGUGAGUUAAGCAUUGUUUUUAAGCACUGGAACUGAGUUAAACAUUGCUCUGUAUGUGCGUUGUUGAUUGUGUGGAUUGAUCCUGCAAUGUUACUUUGGGAAAUGAUCGUGUCUUUGUGUUCUGGAGUUA